GUGCGCGCUGAAGGAUCUCUGCACUGCAGCCUCCUCCUCCUCUCUCACUCUCUAUCACACACUGAGCAUCGCUGCAGUAUUAGGCAUCAGUCCCUGGAAAGGAAGGAAAGGAGCCUGAGAGAGAGACUGUGAGAGGGGAGCAGCAAAGGAGAGAGACAGGAUGCUCAACAACCUGACUGAGUGCGAGGAGGGAGAGGGGGGCACCAGUCAAGGAGAUGGAAAUCCCAAGGAAAGUUCUCCGUUCAUCAACAGCUCAGAAAUGGACACCGGAAAAAAUAUGGCCCUGUUUGAGGAGGAAAUGGACACCAGCCCAAUGGUCUCCUCACUUCUCAGUGGCUUGGCCAAUUACACAAACCUGACCCAAGGAGUAAAAGAGCACGAAGAAGCUGAAAACAAUGAAGGGGCUAAGAAGAAGCCUAUUCAGGCUCCGAGGAUGGGAACCUUCAUGGGUGUCUACCUGCCCUGCCUACAGAACAUCUUUGGAGUCAUCCUUUUCCUGCGUCUCACUUGGGUUGUGGGAGUCGGAGGUGUCCUGGAGUCUUUUAUUAUUGUCAUAAUGUGCUGCUCCUGUACCAUGCUGACUGCUAUCUCAAUGAGCGCCAUCGCUACCAAUGGAGUUGUGCCAGCCGGAGGCUCGUAUUACAUGAUCUCUCGUUCCUUGGGUCCGGAGUUUGGAGGAGCUGUGGGGCUUUGCUUUUAUUUGGGGACCACAUUCGCAGGAGCCAUGUACAUCCUGGGGACCAUUGAGAUUUUGUUGACGUAUCUCUUCCCUGGCAUGGCUAUCUUUAAGUCAGAAGAUGCUAGUGGGGAGCCUGCUGCACUCCUUAAUAACAUGCGUGUGUAUGGCACGUGUGUGCUGACCUGCAUGGCCAUUGUGGUCUUUGUGGGAGUGAAGUACGUCAAUAAGUUUGCGCUGCUGUUCCUGGGUUGCGUGAUCCUGUCCAUCUUGGCCAUAUACGCCGGAGUCAUUAAGUCUGCAUUUGACCCACCAGACUUCCCUGUCUGCAUCCUUGGCAAUCGUACCCUGUCCCAAAAAGGUUUCGAUGUCUGCGCUAAGUUUAUAGACAUUGGGAACGAGACCGUCACUACCAAGCUGUGGGCCCUCUUCUGCUCCUCUCCAUUUCUGAAUGCGACAUGCGACCUGUACUUUACUCAGAAUAAUGUCACAGAGAUACAAGGCAUUCCUGGAGUAGCAAGCUCACUUAUCAAAGAAAAUUUGUGGUCGAAUUAUUUAACUAAAGGCGUCAUCGUGGAAAAAAAAGAUUUGGUAUCUGUAUCCAAUGGAGAUCCAGUCAACCUGGACCAGCCAUACGUCUUUAGUGACAUGACUACAUAUUUUACACUGCUGGUGGGAAUUUAUUUUCCUUCAGUUACAGGAAUAAUGGCUGGUUCUAACAGGUCUGGAGAUCUCCGAGAUGCACAAAAAUCUAUUCCUAUUGGCACUAUAAUGGCUAUUGCCACUACAUCUUUUGUAUAUGUUUCUACUGUUAUUCUGUUUGGUGCCUGCAUAGAAGGUGUUGUUUUGCGCGACAAAUUUGGAGAAGGUGUUAAUGGAAAUUUAGUGGUCGGAACAUUGGCCUGGCCUUCCCCAUGGGUCAUUGUUAUUGGGUCUUUCUUCUCUACUUGUGGAGCUGGCUUGCAAAGUUUGACAGGAGCUCCACGUCUCCUACAAGCUAUAUCACGAGAUGGCAUUGUACCUUUCCUCAGAGUUUUCGGCCAUGGAAAGGCAAAUGGAGAACCAACCUGGGCUUUAUUGCUGACGGCCUGCAUCUGUGAGAUUGGUAUCCUCAUAGCAUCUCUGGAUGAAGUUGCUCCAAUUCUUUCUAUGUUUUUCUUGAUGUGCUACAUGUUUGUUAAUUUGGCCUGCGCAGUUCAGACAUUGCUCAGGACUCCCAACUGGAGGCCUCGAUUCAAAUAUUACCACUGGACUCUUUCUUUCCUUGGGAUGAGCCUUUGUCUGUCUUUGAUGUUUAUCUGCUCUUGGUAUUAUGCCCUUGUGGCCAUGCUGAUCGCUGGUCUUAUCUACAAAUACAUUGAGUACCGAGGGGCAGAGAAGGAAUGGGGAGAUGGAAUCCGUGGACUGUCACUCAGUGCUGCUCGAUUUGCUCUUCUAAGAUUGGAAGAGGGCCCCCCUCAUACAAAGAACUGGAGGCCUCAGUUGCUUGUGCUUGUCAGAGUGGAUCAAAACCAAAAUGUUGUUCAUCCCCAGCUUCUUUCUUUAACCAAUCAGUUAAAGGCGGGUAAAGGACUGACCAUUGUUGGCUCGGUGUUAGAAGGGACAUAUUUGGAGAAUCAUCCCCAAUCUCAACGUGCGGAAGAGUCUCUACGUAGGCUUAUGGAAGCUGAAAAGGUAAAAGGUUUCUGCCAGGUGGUCAUCUCUUCCAAUAUUCGAGAUGGAAUUUCUCAUUUGAUUCAGUCCAGUGGCCUUGGAGGUCUGCAACACAACACUGUCCUAGUUGGAUGGCCACGUAACUGGCGACAGAAAGAAGAUCAUCAGACGUGGAGAAAUUUUAUCGAACUUGUUAGGGAAACUACUGCGGCUCAUUUGGCUUUAAUAGUCGCCAAGAAUGUGUCAAUGUUCCCUGGAAACCAGGAAAGAUUUUCUGAAGGAAACAUCGAUGUUUGGUGGGUGGUUCAUGAUGGUGGUAUGCUAAUGCUCUUGCCAUUCCUUCUCCGGCAUCAUAAGGUUUGGAAGAGAUGCACAAUGAGGAUUUUCACAGUGGCUCAGAUGGAUGACAACAGCAUUCAGAUGAAGAAGGACCUGACCACCUUCUUAUACCACCUAAGAAUUAAUGCAGAAGUUGAGGUUGUAGAAAUGCACGACAGUGAUAUUUCAGCCUACACAUAUGAGAAGACUUUAGUGAUGGAACAACGAUCUCAGAUCCUGAAACAAAUGCAUUUAACAAAGACAGAACGGGAGAGAGAGAUCCAGAGCAUUACAGAUGAAUCACGUGGUUCAAUAAGACGUAAGAACCCUACAAAUUCUCGACUGCAUCUGAGCGUUCCAGAAGAGCAAAUUGGAGAUUGUGAGGAAAAGCCAGAGGAAGAGGUUAAAUUAAUACAUGAGGAAAAUGCAACAAGUACACCUCAAUCUCCGCCAGAAGAACCAGACACUACUCAAGAUAAGGUGCACCUCACCUGGACAAAGGAGAAGUUUACAGCAGACAAAAAUAAAAGCAAAAGUCCCAGCACACCAGAAGGGAUAAGAGACUUUUUCAACAUGAAACCAGAGUGGGAAAACUUGAACCAGACAAACGUUCGCAGGAUGCAUACAGCUGUAAAACUGAACGAAGUUAUAGUCAAGAAAUCUCAUGAUGCCAAACUUGUUUUACUCAACAUGCCUGGUCCACCUCGUAAUAGGAAAGGGGAUGAAAACUAUAUGGAGUUUUUAGAAGUCCUCACAGAACAUUUGGACCGGGUUAUGUUGGUUCGUGGUGGUGGACGUGAGGUCAUAACCAUCUAUUCUUGAACACCAGAACCCGGAUGAAGUUUUUGUUGCACUUAGCAGGAGUCUACGAACCUCUCUCCACAUUGCAAAAGUAUUAGAGAUCAGGAGAGAUGGGGGGGAGGCAUAUGGUCAGUGCUCAGAAACUUCACUUGCUUCCACCAUUCUCCCUUUAAUGCCCUUACAUGUGAACUGCAGCACCAGAUCUUCCAUUCCAGCACAAGUGCAACUGUUCCUCAUAGCUUCAUCAGCGUGGCGCUGAGGAAGUUUAUAUACAGAUCUUUACAUAAGUCUAUGUACGUUUCUUAAACUGAGCCGCACUGCUUAAGAUGCUAUAGAUACUGGCCCCUCUGUGCAUCCUGUGAUCCACUGUUACACUUAUUUCUCCCUGACACACACUUGGAGAAGACAUGGGUUGUACUGGCAGAAAAUCAGAAGAGAAUUCUCAUCUACAUCUAUUGUUGAUAACAAAGACCAGAGUCAUUAGAUAAAGCAUUGGUAUGACAAGAUAAGGGUGAGAGGGGGUAUUCACCAGCAUGCUUUACCGUUCCAAAUGUUCCUCCCUCUAUGCCCUUUUCUUGACAGCCGCUAUUUUCUCCUCGGCUUCAGCAAUUUGAUAUGUCCGGAUUUGGAGUAACCGCAGACAAUAAUUAAGAGACAACUUACAUUGUCGUAUUCAGACUGCAUAUGCCCCUGAUCAGGAAGAGCAGAGCCAAAGUCACAGAAGAGGCCAAACAAGACAUUAAGAGGACCACACGGCUGUGCAGGAAAUCAAGAAAGGGCUGUUAACAUAUUGUCUGAUGCCGAGGAGCAUGUUGCAAUAAUAAUCUGAUGCAAAAAAAAAAAAAAAAUAUAUGGAACAAUUGUUUCUGCCUUUUACUUUUCCUCUACCCUUUGCUUUGCAGAAUUGCCUUUGAGAAACUGCACCAGAAGAAUGGUGCGCAGUGAAUACAAAUUUCAGCCGAGGUGACUGGGGCAAUAGUUUGUUCAGAUCGGUAGCAGGGAAAUCAGGGGACCUUUUGAAGACUGUGAUUUGCUUCCACAGUCUCAAAUUGCAUGGCCUAGGAUAGAUUGCUUAUGUAAAGUUCAUUUCACUCCAUCCUUAUCAAUCUUUCAGCUGAUUUUUGUGCCUGUUUUUUUUUUUUUUUUAAAUGUCCUCCACAAAAGAAGUGGCUCUCACACCAAAUGUAGUGAUUGUGUUAAUUUAUCGCUGUCCAAAAUGAUCUUAAAAUAUAUUUUAACUGAAAAACUAUUAAAAUUAUACAAAAAGGCCGGUAAUAUUUAUGCACCUUCAAAACUGAACAAAAAUAUAUAAAAUAAAAAUUAAGAUUUCUCUCCACAAACCGGUCUUCCAGAACAGUAGUACAUAGGAUAGUGUAAACUUUUUGGGCUUGAAUUUUUUUUUAUUUGCACGCGUGACACAGCUUGUUCCUUUUUAUGGACCCCACUUCGUAGUAGUAGUAAAGGCUGCAAAUUCAGCACUCCCAGUACAUAAAAUAAUUUAAUUUUUUAGGUGUGAUGUUUUACAAUGCCAUGUUGAUAGUGCUGUGACUUUAAGCUGUAUGUGGUGUAGGUGUUGAAGAGCACUCGCCAAUGUACAUAUAUAUAUUUUUUAAAACUAUAUAAAUAUAUAAACAGAGAUUUAUUCAGAAUGCAGAGUUCUACUGUUUAAAGCAAAAGUGAAUUUAAAAAAAGGUAGAGAAAGCAUGUACUGCAAAAUUCUAUUAAUUUUCUCAUGUGUAGCACAUUCAGUCAAUAUUUUUAUAACUGUAAUAGAGCAAGCUCCUCAUUACCGAGGUACCUUGUACAAAAAAAAAUAUUUAAAAUAUUGCAAAAUCUAUAUAUGACUUAUUUGCUUAUAGUGUUCCAUUUUAUUAUUUCUUUUUCUUCGUAAUCUGGUGCUUUCAUGUAUGAAAUUGUAGUGUUUGCAAUAAAUGUAUUCCAUUUGUACUCAAGUCAGUGAAAACCUGCCAAAUGCAGUAGUCAUAUGGUCUCAAACAAGGACUGCAGCAUGAAGUCAGCAUCUGGAGGAAAAUCCAACUCCGAAACUUUAUAUAUUGUUAAUAUAUACACCCAAAAAGUGAGUUUAUUCUACGUAGAACGCGUGAUGCCCCCUUUGCCAUCCUCCAUUCUAUUAUAGGCUAGAACUACUCUCGUAGUUUGUGUCUUGCUGUUGUAUCCGGUCUCUAGUAAUUCCACUUUGCCUUGUGUAGGAUGAGAAAAAUCGUCAACCUUGCAUGACUUAGAUAGUGAAUGCCAUGCAGUUUUUGUUUUAAGUGCAGAUUGUGAAAAAUGAAUAUCGUCCAUGAUGGCAAUGUAACUUUGCAAGGUCCAAGUUCAUCUGUGCAAGGCAUCUUUGACAGCAGGCACUGGGUGACCUGGCUGCUUCGACAUUUGUAAAUAUAUAAAUGGCCCAGGAGUUUUGCUAUUUGUUCCUUGAAGUGCCUCUAAAAGAGUGAAAAACUGGCUCUCCUGUGCUCCAGCUGUUGCUCUGGUACAUAGAUCUUAGCGAACAUAUCCAUCAAAACCGUAAAUAUUAAAUAAAAUGUACAAAACAUCUUAAAAUGUGAAAAUUUUAUUCCAUUCCAAGAGUGAAAUACUGGGUCUAUGUUAAGUGCAACUACAAUGUUGUAGCAGCAGGAUAAAAUUUUAAAACUCCUUACAAUCCCAUUUGGUCUACAGAUAUGCCGUAAAUUCCAUGCAAGUGUAAAAGUAAGCGUAAUCGGCAAUUACGGCUUAUUUUAGCAAGGGGCUGAGUUGGUAGCAGUUUUAAAGCAUCACUGUCAUAUAAAACAACAUUCAUAGUUCUUAGACAUGUCAAAAGUUAAGAUUGCACCUUUUUUUUUGCACUAAGAAUCGCUGAAAUCGUGAGUUAUAAGCCAAAGAACUGCAAGGCACAGAGCUUCACUCCCCAGCCAGCUUGCAAAUCAGACCUUUUCACUUUAUAGACUUAUGCAGUACAAAGGUCAGGUUUCAGAGACAGCCAUGGAGUGACGUGUGCGCUGCACGUGGCCGAAACCCGAUGCCAUCUUAACUUUUGACAGGUCUGAGAAACCCGUCAAGUUGUUCAAAAUUACUGUAAUGCUUUAAAAAAAAUAAAAAUAAAAAAAAAGGGGAAAAGUGUAUUCUGCCACUGCACCAACAUUGCAGUUCACUUUAAUCCUUGUGCAAUUAAAAGUUUCUCAACUUUGUAAUAUACUGUGUGUGUCAAAUGUGUCAAUUCCUUUCUGCUUGAAGUUAGUGAAUGGGAGUAUCCAAUGGCUGAAAACCCAUCACAAAGUCUGUCGUCCACCAUGGUGUUGCCAGAAUGCAGAUCAGAAUUUUUUGAAACACAAAAGCAUUGUAAAAGGCCACAUAAAACUGUAGUCUAUGGAUGAAAAUAAAGUUACUAUUCACUGAUAAACAGAUCAUAGAAAUGAAAAGGAAUUGAAUUAGAAAGUUACACAUCUCCGCUUACAUAAACCAUUUUUGACUUUUACAAAGAUCCAUAUUCAAUUCGAUCUGAAUAUGCGCCUUUACUAAAUUUAGGUAAGGUGCAACAGCUUGUAACAGGCAUAUGUUAGGGUUUUUUUGUACAGAGGAGCAAUUUACGGAGAGGCCAGGAUUUACUUCUAUACCUGCUAAUACUUCGUAUUCAUUUGUAUAUCUCAGAGUUGGAACAUGCACAUUCUUGCUUCUAUGCAGACAUAUCAGGGACCUUUGAGAAAAGAAAAAUAUUUUGGUAAUAAUUCUUUUCAUCUUAAAGAAAAAAAAAGAAAAAAAAAAAAAAAGAAUUGGGAGAGACCCAGACAUCUGAUACAGACUGAGUCAGCGGACACAUUGCUUAUGCUUUAUAGGAUGAUACGGGGCUGAGUAGUAAGUUUACUCUGAAAUCUUCCAAUACUAUGUUGCUUACUGGCAUGUUCUAAUAUUUUGGGUUGGGAGGUAAUACAGUUGAAAGCUAACGUGGCAGCUUAGCGAUUUAAGUUGCACUACAAGAGUCAGAUAUAUAUAUAUAUCUAUAUCUAUCUCAUGACUGAUAGACUCCAUAAGCUUCAAAUUUUCUUAUUAAUUUAACUCACUUUGUGCUACAUGUGCAAUAUACAUGAAUUAUAUAUAACAUACAUAUUUAAAUGUGUUUUUUGCAAAGUUCUACCACCAAUGUGAUCUUAAAAUGAAAAGAAAACUAAAACUGCACUCUAUGUUUAAUGUGACCCCAGUAACCUACGAAGUGUGCUAUUCCCCUAGAUGGCUAGUAAAAGAGAAAUGCUUUAAUUUUUGUUUGUUUAUAACUAUGAAUAUAGAUUGAAAUCCGUGUACAGAUAUUACUGUUCCAAACCAAAUGAAAACACUGCUAUAGACUGGCUGCUUUGGUUUAUGUAUCCUACAGGAAUAGUUUCAUGUUUUGUGUAGUUCUUUCGUGUGGUUUCUCUUUGUGGUUGAAUGCUAUCUCUUACUCAUACAGCUUUAAUGUGCCGAUUUAAUUUGUUUUGAGACUGUCAGCACAAAAUGCAAUAAACUUAAUUUUAUUACACCCUUUGGAUGUGGUGUUCAGGCUGAUGUUAAAAGAUUUAUCCAAUAAACUGUAAUUUAAAAGAUGUAAAAACCUAAAUGUAUGAACAAUGGUCAAGUCUAAUAAAUUAUAACACUUCUGCUCUAUAAUCUGGA